AUGCGAAAUACGAAAAGCAGCUCUAUGGUGGAACUACGUCCACCACAAGCACAGGACCUAGAAGAUUCGCCUAGAAGAACGGAAGGUCAGCAAGGGAAUAGACUGCAGUUACCGAGGAAUCAGUCACAUCCGGGAUGGGUUCGCGAUUAUGGUGAUGAUUCUGAAGGCAGACAACUCGAGCUCUCUGAGGCUGUACUGAAAAUGCCUUUUUUCGAUGUCAACAGAUUUAAAGUAUCACAGAAACCAGCGAAGAUUCAAAAUGAAGUUUCGAAAUGCGUACUGUGUCGGGCUAUGCUUCUUGAUUUCGGUGUGGAUAAUUUUGAUAAUAUCGAGAAACCCAUGCGGCAAUCAGAACUAUGCCGUUUACAUGAUUUACAUUACGUACGAUUAUACUUGUAUCAACUCAUCCUGUCGGGAGAAGCUCGAGGAGCGGGAAGGCAAAAGUUGAAACAACUUCGCGCGAAAGCGGCCGACCGAUUGGAAGCGUUGGAGCGGCCUUUGAUAACCGUCAGCUAUGGGUGA